AUGGCUUGUUGUCUAUUGCUUUCUUUCAUGAUAUCCAUUCCUGUUGCAAACGCUGCUGCAACUGUUUCGGACAGCAUAGCAGACCUCAUCGACUCAUUGCAGUUCCGCAACUUCGACGUCGUGCGACGCGACCAGAACUUCACGAUCUCGACCAUUUCGUCGAUCUACAACGAAGGCUACACGUACAUGGGUCAAGGCAGUUCGUCGUUUCACAUCAACGGUCUGCCCUACUUGUUUGAAGUCAAAACGUCCGACGUCAAACCGAAUGCGAGCACAAUCGAGGUCAACACCGACUUUCCUGGCAACGAUUACUUGCACGUUCCGACAUGGUCGAGCAUGGAGAACUACAGACAGUGCGAAGCUCGCUGCGACGGAGACGAAAAGUGUUUUGCUUGGGUGUUCGAGCCGAAGAGCGGAUGCUAUCUCAAGUCUGCGGUACCGCCGAGAGUAUCCAAAGAGGGUGACAUGUCGGGCUGCAAGAAAGGCGUUUUGGAUAAAAAUUGUGGCAACGCUAACGUAACUCUAUCAACUCCACCGUCGGGAAUGCGUUCUGCGGUGCCCCUGGGAAGUCUAGGAGGAGGAAAUAUGGAGCUGAGAGCGGACGGACGCCUCGCUGACUGGUCGAUAUUCAAUAACGAGCCAGAAGAAAAGAACGGAGCGAAAAUGGACGUGGACGAAGCAGCGUUUGGUGUACUGACGUCUCACAAGGCAGAAACGAAUGCGUUUCUGCUCAGAACGCGUCCGCCCGGUGUCGGUCUCCCGCCGGUCGACUCUCUGUCAUACGAGGGAGCGUUUCCGGUAUCCCGCCUUUCUGUCAACGAUUCGCGCAUGCCCGUUGAUCUCCGCCUGACGGCAUUCAGUCAGUUCGCACUUCAAAGUCCGAACGAGUCCAUCACGCCGGCCAUCGUCUUUUUUUUCGACAUUCGCAAUCCAACUCAAUCGCGUUCCGACGUCGAUGUCGCGCUGUGGUUUAAUCUUCCCGACGUCAUUGGAGUGGACGCGUUCGGACCGGCGACUAGAAGGAAUGGCGUCGUGAUGAGAAAAGACGGAAAACUGCCGUCGUCUGGUAACAUGACGGUUCAAGUGUUUAACGUAUCGGAGGAUGGUUUGAGUCCAGAAUCGAUGAGCACGACGUGGCAAGUGGCGGACAACGUUGAAUCGAAUUGGAAGACUUUUGUGGAUUCGGCGGGAAAACUGAACAAUUCGGGAGCGACAAACCAACCAAAUAUGCACGGUGCAGUCGCUUGGAAAGGAAGAAUUCCUGCAGGUAACAAGGUGUCUGUUGCUCUCGUUCUCGCCUGGUUUUUUCCUCACCGCCAAUGGUCGACCACCGACGUCGGCAAUUACUACAGCAAUUUCUUUAGUUCCGCCGAGGAUGCGGCGGCCGUGAUGGCACAGAAUGUCCCUCAAACUCUGCAGUGGAUUCACUUGUGGCAAACGCUGUGCUUCAACGAGGACUACCCGGAAUUCCUGCAAGACAGUCUGGUGAACAGCGCGGCGACGUUCGGCAAGACCGGUCUCUUUCUACGCGACGGCCGCUGGCGUCAGUUCGAGAGCAAGAGCUGCUCGCAGAUGGAGCCUCCUCACAUCCACUUCUAUCGUGCGUUAGCAUACAGCUUCCUCAUGCCAUCCCUAGAGCGUCAAACAGUCGAACUCUACGCUUCCACUCAGCUCCCGGACGGCACGAUAUCGGAACAAUUCGGUGGCGGCUGUGGAGACGCAUCUCGAUCUUAUGAUCUCGACCACCCUAGUGGCGGAGCACGAGGCGACGACAACGGAGUAUUCAUACUCGACGUGUUGUUGAACUUCGCGUUUACCCUAGACGGUGAAGACUUUGUAGACCGAGUUUGGCCGCAAACGUAUAAAGCAUUGCGCUGGCAGUUGGAUCACGCGUCUAAAUAUGGUUUAACAUCCGAUCUGGUGAAUACGUUUGACGAGCACGGUCAGAUCGGAGACGUGAACUCUUACAAUGCGUUUAUCUAUUUGGCCAGUCUAGCAGCAGGCGAGAUUCUCGCGGACCGAGCAGGCGACAAGUCGUUCGCAUCCGAGCUUGAGAAGGCGAGACAAACGGGACUCGAUCAGCUGGAGAAGCUGCUCUGGACUGGCACUCACUAUCGCUCCUUCUGGUGCGCAAACGGCAAGCACUCCGAUCAGGCGCUCCAAUCCGACAGUCUCUAUGGUCAAGUGUGGGCUACGAUGCUCGCUCUCAACACGAGCGUUGACGUCCACAAAAUCGUCGCUCACCUCAAAACGGAACGGCAAUGGAACCUGACGCCCUACGGCAUCCGCUUUUGCACCAACCGCACGACCGACUACCACUGCGACGGCAACACAGCAAGCACAACGACACAUGCAAACCUGCAGUCUCUACAUGCUAACCAGCAGUCUCCAGACGUCGGAUUCCAAGACUUCGAUACGUGGGAGGCACACUCUUACACACACGCCUUUCUCGCCAUCCACCACAACAUCACCGCCGUCUCCGACUCACUCGACGUCGCCCGUCGGGUGGCCGACAAGUACCGCAUCGCACUCAAAGACCAAUGGGACUACCGAGAUCUCUCAUCCGUCUACCCGGACGCACCCAAUCACAUCCGACCCGUUUGCAACUCUCACUACUCUCGCCAGCUCAUCUUCUGGACAAUACCGGUAACCCUCAGCGGGCAGAGCUACGACGCACGAACCGGAACGCUCGCAUUCAACCCCAAGCCGCAGUACGACCGCCAAUGGCCCGUUCUACUGCCGUCGGGCAGCGGACUCAUCACACGACACAACGACUGCUACAAACUUCGAGUUUUAUCCGGAUCGAUCGACGCCUCGUCGAUUACCGUCAAUGGAGACGCGUUAGAGAUCGACGAAGGACUUACGAGUACAGCCGAACAUACGAAAGUUCUUUGCAGUAAAAAAGAAAAUCCUUAA